AUGAGUCUGAACCCGCCCAUGUCUUCCUGCAACACCGUUGAUCUUGCGCAGAACCUCAUCACUACAAUGUUUCACCAGUCGAUGUCGCCACCAGCCACUAAUACUUCUGCCGCCGGCAACGAAGUGUCGAGCAGCAACAACAGCAACAGUAUCAGGCUGAAGGACAGCGGCACCGACAGCGAAGCGGACGACAUCUACAUCGACACCAAAGAACUAUGCAACCGAAUCGCAUAUGAACUCAAAACCUAUAAUAUACCUCAAGCGGUGUUCGCCGAAAGGAUACUUUGCAGAAGUCAAGGCACGCUUUCAGAUUUACUGCGAAAUCCUAAGCCAUGGAAUAAGCUGAAAUCCGGUCGAGAAACUUUCCGGCGAAUGUACAACUGGCUAAGGCUUCCGCUCGAAAAGCGUCUCAACUGUUUAGAGCUUGGUCGUCUUCAAAAGCGGAAGUCGAAGGGUGUAAUGGGCUCUGACAGCGACACCAAGGUAACGCCUCUCAGUAUUCUAAUUUCGUGUCCGUGCAUCCUGUCGAUGCAGGAGAACGUGCUGACGUCCUCGAUGCACAGCGACGGCAAUCAAACGCUGGCUGAGCGACUGAGCGAGAACGCUGUACUCACAAAUGAAUCGAAGCCAAACACUUCCUUGCCAUUGCGGUCAGUCAAAAAGACUAGGCUAGUUUUUACCGAUAUUCAGAAGCGAACCUUAAAGGCUAUAUUCAAGGAAACUCAGCGCCCUAGCCGCGAAGUACAACAGACGAUCGCUCAGCAGCUUGCCCUGGAUUUGUCAACGGUGCAGAACUUUUUCAUGAAUGCCCGGCGGCGGUCACGGCUUUUCCAAACCGUAAGCGAUUCGCCGGGUCCCAACCAGCAGGUGAGGCCGAUUACGCCUCCUCCUUCAACCGGGAGUCAAGAAAGCGUUACACAACAGGAUAGCAACGGUAGCAUCGUGUACUACCCUACGUUGCGACAGAGGCGGCUGCGUGCACAGAACAGGUUCAGGGGUGGGAACGGGGAAGGUGGUGACGGAAGCAUCAUGCCAAAGGAGGAGGACGACCAGCUAGAAUCAAUGUCCUCGUCGUCACCGCCGAUCCCAUCGACUACAGCCACAAGCUUCGGUCUGAACGCGAUGACAACAGCCGCUGAAGAAGCUGCCACAGCGUCGAACAGCGGGAUCCCUCGCAAUAGUGAAUUCCACCGUCACCACCAGAUGGUCAAGGAAUACUCUGCGGCGAUGAACGACGCCCACGAGCUGCACUCGCUUACGAAUUCAGCUUAG